AUGGCUUUUUUCCCCUUAGAUGUUCUUUUGGCAGAUGAAAAGUUUGACUUCGAUCUGUCACUGUCUUCCUCAAGCGCAAAUGAAGAUGAUGAGGUCUUUUUCGGACCUGUUGGACAUAAAGAACGAUGCAUUGCUGCCAGCCUAGAGCUCAGUGACCGGCUUGCCACACCGCCUGCCUCCAUCUGCGCCUGGAGCCCACUCACUGGGGAGAAGUUCGUGGAAGUGUACAGGGAGGCGCACCUGCUGGCCCUGCAGAUUGAGAGUCAGAGCAGGACCCAGGCAGCCCCGGCAGCCCAGCCUGUGCAGCCCUGGGGCCAGGGUGUGGAAAGUUUUGUCCAGGAAUCAAAGCUAAAAGUGAGCCUCUUUGAGAAAGAACAGGAAACUGAGAAAAGCCCUAAGUCACUUAAAAGAGAAACGUACUGCCUGUCAGACAGCCCCUUGGUGGGGAUGCCGCUCUCGGGAGGCCAGCCUGCCUCAGCUGAGCCCCUGCUUCCGGCCCAGGCUCCAGCCAGCCCUGGCCCCAGGGGCCCUGGCCCAGUGCAGAGGCUGCAACCGUUGGCUCAGGCUCUGCCCAGGGACCCACGGGUUGCCUACCCCCCGGGUCAGGCGGGGCCUCAGAAGAGGGCGCUGAGCAAGCUGCCUCCACCCCGAGCCUUCGCUGCAAGAGCACAACACCCUCACCUGGCCAGCAAGCCCAAGAAAGAGGCACCACUGAGUCCCUCCCAGGGGAGACGCCUGAGCAAGAAGCAGCCCCCUGUGGCUGGGCUCCUGGACAAGCCCCGCACAGCCCUGGACGCUGCCAGCCUGGCUGGUGCUGGAGGCCUCGGGGGCCACGGCAAGCGAUCGCUCCCUGUCCCCAGCAAGGUGGGGCUGAAGAAGAGCCAGAUGAAGCCCCCCAGAUGUGCUGGCCCUGUUCCCAGGAAGCCCUCCUCAUCCUCGGGGUCCACCUGGAGCGCGGCGGCCAAUGAGUGCCCGUCCCCAGUGGCAGACAAAGGGAAGCCAGGGGUGCUGGCGAGUGCUCACACCAGCAGUGCCCUGCCUCUGCCUGGCACGGGCAAGUCGGGUAGGCCGAGGGCCACCACUGUGUGCCAGGCUCUGUCUGCAGCCCCUGCAGGGGCGUCCUGUGGGCAGGCCGGAAGGAGCGAUGCUGCCGCCGCGUCCACAGCACCCACCAUGGGUCCUCCAAGCCAGCCCCGGACCCCAGAAAGUGGAGGCCAGAAGCCAAGCGCCAGCUCUGCUUUGUCAGCGACUUCUGAAUUGAAUAAAACUCAGAGCAUAGGCCGGCGAGACUCCUGUCUGAGUUCCAGGACGAAAGUGCUGCCCAUGCCUGCAAAUCCGCUUAAAAUCCCCAAUUUUUCAGUCGGUGGGUCCCCUGUUGGCACGACACCAAGGUUCUUACGGGCACAGAGGCUGCAGUCGUGGGCAUCUGCUGGCAGGGUCGUGGCUCAAAGCACUCCUGUGAGACGUUCUUCGGGGCCAUCUUCACAAAGCCCCUCUGACAGCAUGAGGACUCCCCUAAGUGCAAGACGGAUGUCGGCACUGCCCACACCUGCUAGCUGGCGCCUCUCUCUAGUGACCCCCAGAACCAUGCCCAGGGCCUUGGCAUCCCCGCUGUGUGUCCCUACACGGCGGCUGUCUUCCGAGCCCCGGAGAAGAUCAGCAGUGGGUACUGAGCCAGUGAGGGACAGCGGCAGAGCCCCCAGGCACCAGCAGGCAGCCUCCUCACCUGGCAGGAGCUUCUCCCCUCCUCCCUCUGUCCCCCAAGUCCUUUGUUUCUCCCCAGAGAAAAGCGAUCGUUGUUUGGAAGGCCCCGCCACAGAACCAGCUCAGCAUGAGGCCAAGCACAAGGAGGAUACCCAGCUCGCUGAGGUGGCUGACACAGCAGUGCCAGACUGUCCUCGCCCGCACAUCCCUGCCCAGGCCCUGUUGGUGGACAUCGGGCUGGACCAGCUCACCAUCUCUCCCAUGGUUGAGAGCCGAGCCCCGGUGGACUGCCUACUCAUCGACCUUGGUGGCACUCCUGCUGCCGACACGCUCUCGGGGCCUGCAAGUGGACCCCUGAUUGACCUCACCGCAAACACCCCAGACACGAGCAGACACGGUGAGGCCAAAGCCACGCAGCCCGCAGGACAGCUCAUCGACCUGUGCUCCCCCCUCAUCCAGCUGAGCCCCGAGGCUGACAAAGAAAACCUGGACUCUCCGCUCCUCAAGUUCUGACCGAAGCCAGAGCUGCGCUGCUGUGAGAGGAACAGUUGGUCCUGAAGUGGUGCUCAAUCCUUAGAAAUGUGGUACAGGAAACUGGCUUCUUACAGAAGGCUGUGAGCCUGUUCUGCACCUGGAGGGGCGGCUGGGGACAGGUCUGCUUCCUUAGCUCCGCCCCUUCCAUUCCGGCUGGGAUGCCGCUCUGAAUGAAGAAUUACACGUCACUGUAUGUAAAAUAGUAAGCACCUAAUUUUAAAGUUAAA